UUGUAUAAGGAUAACUUGAUUAUCCGUAAGCCUGUUGCUGUUCAUUCCCGCUUCCGGGCCAGGCGUCAGCUUAUCGCACGUCGUCUUGGUCGCCAUACUGGCAUUGGCAAAAGGAAAGGUACUGCUGAUGCUCGUAUGCCCCAGAAGGUUUUGUGGAUGCGCAGAAUGCGUGUUCUCCGUCGUCUUCUGAAGCGAUACCGUGCUUCUCAUAAGAUUGACAAGCAUCUAUACCAUUAUCUGUAUCAACAAUGUAAAGGUAACAUCUUCAAAAACAAGCGCAUUCUAAUUGAUCAUAUCCAUAAGAAAAAGGCCGAACGUGUUCGUGCCAAGCAAUUGAAUGACCAGGCUGAAGCUAUGCGCCAACGUAAACGUGAAGCUAAGAUUCGACGUGAGGAGCGCCUAGUUGAGCGUAGGAAGCAAUUGCUUUUGGGAGUUGUCGAUUCAGCUGCUCUUCCCAAACCAGUGGAAAAGCCAGUUGAAGAAGCUCCCAAGGUUGAAGAACCAAAAUCGGUCGCACCCGUCGUACAAAACCCUAAAGCUAAAACUUCUAAAGGCUCUAAGGUCACCAAGCAAGUUCAUGAGACUGAAACAAAGAAGGCUGUUGAUGUCAAGCCAGAAGUCAAGGAGCCAGCUCCAGCUCCUUCCAAACCUGCUGUUGCUGCUGAAUCAGCUAAAAAACCUACGGGUGAGAAGAAAAAGGCAGUCAUAGCCCAAAAACCAGUUAAAACUGCAAAGACUCCUGCUCCACCACCGAAAAUCCCGACAGCUGGCGCUUCGAAAUCAAAGUCUACCAAGAAAUAA